UUAAAACCCCACAUGAACCCCAAACCCAUUGUUAUACAAUCGCAAACCCGAAAUUCCCAAUGAUUUUGUCUCUCCGAAAACCGUAAAUUUAACAUUUGUCUGUUUUGCCAUUUUGGAAAAUGGCAUCUCGCUGCAGAUCUCUCUCAAGGUCGAGUCUUUCUCUGCUCAAAUCCGCUGUGAACAAGCCCACCCUUAAACCCAACCCCAUACCUUCUUCACGGCUUUCGUCUCGCUCUUCUACAUUUUCAAGGUCAAUUCCUCAGUUGGGUUCUCUCCAAUCUCUGCUUCCCCUGAUCUCGACGGUCUCUUCAGCUCGAUUAACCUCAUGCCUCGGCAUCGAUUCUAGGAGUUCCCGGUCGUUGUCUUCGGGUAUGCUCAGCAGUGCAAACCCAGGAGUUUGAUAAUCUCCAAAUCUUUAAGUUUUAAUAUGUGUUAAUGCCAAUAAUGUAAAGUUUUUCCUUUUGAUCCAGAACUGUCUGAUUGUGCUGAGAUAAGGGAUCCAAGAUGGAAGAAGAUGGCUGACAGAUCAUCGUCCAAGUAUUACCCAUUCCAUCAAGAUUUUGAAAAUUUUGUCUUCUUUCACAUACCUUCUCAUGGAUUUUAAGCAUCAAUUUGAUACAUUGUUCUUAUAUUAAAAUAUGAAACUUGUCUCCAUUUGGUACCCUCCUGUAUUUGCUUUCAUUUUUGUUGUUGUUGGGUACUUCUAGCUUUGACAGUUAAAAUUGCAGUCAAAUGCAUGCAUGCUUUUGUUUUCUUUCAAUAAAUUUGCUCUUGUUGUUGAA